AUGUCUGAGGAGAUGACCACAGAAGAGCUCCCUACUAUUCAGGUCAGAUACGACUACUGCUAUGCUGUCUACGAGCAGUAUGCAGCUCAGUUAGGCAACCAAUUGGUGAUGCGGCUGGUCCGAACUAAGUACUGGACUCCCAAGCUAAGGAGUUUAGUGAAGACAGUAAUUGGAGCAUGCAAGACCUGUGUGAUACAUCGACGGCUGCAGUCGCAGCUGAUGGGCGACCUUCCAAUUGCUCGAUCGACAUUUUCGAGACCAUUUACUAACACCGUAGUAGACUUCGACGGUCCCUUCGACGUCAAGAGCUACGUCGAACGGGGCUGCAAGAUUACGAAGGGUUAUGUAUGUGUCUUCGUGUGCUUCAGCACCAAGGCAAUCCAUCAUGAGGCGACCACGGAUCUGACAACGGAGAAGUUCUUGGAAGCUUUUCCCCGGUUCCCGGUUGACAACGGGAAAAAGUUCGUCGGAGCCUCCUCAAUCAUGUCCAAAGAUCUUGUGGAGAGCACCGGCAAUCUGGUCCUCACCAAAACACAGUCAUCAAGAUCUUGCAUAUCAUUUCAACCCACCUGGUGCCCCUCACAUGGGGGUCUGUGGGAAGCAGGCCUCAAGAGUUUCAAGACGCAUUUCUACAAAACGUUUUCCUCCGUAAUGUACGAGGAACUCUCAACCCUCCUGGCGAAGAUUGAAGCGUGCCUCAAAUCACGGCCUCUGUCUCCCAUGUCAGAGGAUGUACGCGACUUGGUGGCCCUCAGUCCCGGUCAUUUACUGAUCGGGGGUCCGCUAUUCUCCAUAGCGGAGCCAGAAUCCAGGGAAGAUGUGGAAUCUAUCCGCAAUCGCUGGCAACGGCUCAAGGCUCUCCAUCAGCGUUUCUGUGUUUGA